AUGGGGACAAGAGGCUUGGAGAUAGCGACCCAGAAGACUGAGAUUUUGGUUGCGAAGGGCCCAAGGAACAUAAACACCUUUAGACUGAAUAUUAUGGGGAAAGAAAUAAUACCAAAAAAAGAUCUGAAGUACCUGGGAGUGGUGUUCCAAAAAAACCUAAUCUUCUCGAGACAUAUAGAGUACGUAACCAAGAAGGCUGCCGAGAAGCUGGCCGCGACAUCCAGACUGAUGCCAAAUGUCGGAGGACCGGGCUACUGGAAGAGGAGGAUAUUGUGCGGAGUGGUCCACAGUGUCUUGCUAUACGCUGCCCCGGUGUGGCGCGAGGCUGUUAAAAGGAAACAACAGCUUGACAAGCUUAUCUCCCUUCAAAGGAAGGCAAUGCUGAGAGUGGCCUCAGCAUACCGGACGACAUCGGCAAAAGCGGUGCAACUUAUCGCAGGGUUCCCACCCAUUGACCUUAUGGUGGCGGAGAGGUGCUUUCUCUUCAAGAUUGGUGGAAGAUUGGCAGGGAACAGAAGGAUGGCCUAUGCCAGAACUUUGAAAAAGUGGCAGGAGAGAUGGGAAAUGACGGAGGGAAAGGCGGAGUGGACAAAGAGACUCAUUCGACGGGUGGACGAAUGGGUGACCUGUAAGCACAGAACUACAGGAUACUAUUUCACGCAAUUCCUGACCGGACAUGGCUCCUUCGGGACCUACACUAAGCGUAUAGGGAAGACAAGAAGUGAUGAGUGUGGGAGUUGUGGGGUGGAAGACAGUCCGGAGCAUAUGUAUGCUACGUGUAGGCGAUGGAACGUGGAGAGGGAAGAACUGAAGUUUAAACUGGGCCAUCUUCCAAGUGUAGAGGACGUGAUCCCGAGAAUGCUGGAGAGUAAGAGUAGCUGGAAAACAUUGUACGGCUACAUAACAGAAAUGGAAAUGGAAAUGGAGGGUGAAAGAGCGGAAUUGGAAGCGAACGCCUAG